AUGGCACCACUGACUGCCGAAGAGCUGCAAAAGCACCCAGAGUACGAGCACACCAUCUGGAAGCUUAAGCCGGACCAGCAAGGGAAAGUGGCUGUGGCAAACGGCCGAGGUGGCCCCAUCAACAUUGCCUACGAGGUUCACGGUCGUGGCGACCGCAAGAUUGUGUGGGUCAUGGGCCUUGGCGGCAUGAAGUACGCAUGGCAGCGACAGACCAAAGACUUCGGGCAUACCCAAGGAGAUAAGUACUCUUGUCUUGUUUACGACAACCGUGGCAUCGGCGACUCGGACAAGCCCAGGGCACGAUACUCAACGUCGGAGAUGGCUAAAGACGUCAUCGAAGUAAUAGACCAUUUGGGCUGGACCGACAAGCGCCAAUUGCAUGUCAUCGGUAUCAGCAUGGGCGGCAUGAUUGCGCAAGAAGUGGCAAUGUUGAUCCCUAGUCGUAUCUGUACUCUCUCUCUGGUCUCCACUGCCGCUGGCGUAUUCCGCACAACUGGCUUCAUUGAGAACAUUUACAACCGCGCGAACCUACUCAUCCCCAAGUCUAUCGAUUCCCAAAUCGAGAGUGUAAAAAAGAACUUGUAUACUGAAUCCUGGCUGAAUAGCACCGACACGCUUGAGCCCGUUGUCCAAUCCUUCCCCACAAAUGGUGACCGUUUUGGAGCAAACGAGCUCUGGAAACGGCAACACCCAGAAUACUUCGCCAAGCCCGGCUUUAUUUGCCAACUCAUCGCUGCGGGGUGGCACAACAAAACCCCCGAGCAGCUGCAGCAAAUCGCAAAGGAGGUGGGUAAGAAGCGCAUCAUGGUCGUUCACGGAACAAAAGAUCAGAUGAUCACAUUUCCACACGGUGUAGUGCUAUGGAGAGGGCUAGAAAAGGGCCAAGGCAAGACGGGAACAGAGAACUGGCUCGGCAUCGAGGAUGAGGAGGACGUCUGGCAGGAGGGCGAGGUUGAAAAGCAUUUCGUCAAGGGCCAGGGCCACGUUCUGCCUGCGGAGAUGAGGGAGGAGUUUCAAGGUUGGGUAGAGAGGCUCAUCGAGAGGGGGCUGAAGUUGAAUCAAGAGGAAGCCAUCUAA